GAUCAGCGCCUUAAGAAAAUGCACCUCCUUAACGCCAGCGCCCCCGUCGCCGAGCGCGUAGUCAAUUAGUGUUUUCUCUCGUAUCACCAUCACGGAGCACAACUAACGGUACUCGACUCUUGAUUCACCGUGCGUGAGGAUUCCGGGAUAAAAUCGCCUCAAAGUAACCGUUGAACCGUAAUCACAUCGCCAAGGAUAGAGCAUAGUAACGUAGUAACGCCGAGUAUCCACGAGUCAUCGCCGUUGCCAAGACAACGACGAUUGCAUUUCGAGUGCAAUGUCCUCCUCCUGCCCGGUGCUCAAGCUGCUGCUCUUCAUCGGCUUACUGGUGCUGCAGGCAAUCGCUACUUGCAAAGCCACCCUAAUCACCGACAAUGACCGGCAAGUGAAGGAGCAGCUUGGCCUCGGUUGGGCGGUAACGUACGACCCCGCGAAGCUAACCGUGCACAUGGGCACCGUACAGAACGUGACGGUUCACAUAGCGAGCAUCAACGACGCGGACCUUAUCGAUCUGCAGUCGGUGCAACUGCGAAGUGAACAGGGCCACGUGGCGACGGUUGAGAAUGGCACGAUUGUCCUGCUGAAACCAUUGGUUCCGACCGUCCCGUGGUUUAGUGGUUCAUUUAACAUCGUGGGCAAUUUUCUGGGCCGAACGGAUUUCUUCAUUGAGGUGGUACACAAAAAUGGCACCAGGGAGCGCGUAUCCAAGGACACUCUGCCGGUUACGGUGAUCCGUCAGGAGCGUGUGAUUGACCACGUGUUUACCGGAUCGGUCAUACUGUUGAUUUCGAUCCUGUACAUCAAUUUCGGGGCAGCGCUGGAUCUGGGAGCACUGAAGCAAAUCAUUCGGCGUCCCAUCGGGCCGGUGAUCGGUUUCCUAUGCCAGUUCGUGUUUAUGCCACUGUUCAGUUACGGUCUGGGCCAUCUGCUGUUCCCCGAUAGCUAUGAGAUGCAGCUGGGACUGUUCUUUACCGGUGUGUCGCCCGCCGGUGGUGCCUCCAACAUUUGGACGGUGGCACUGGGCGGUAAUUUGACGCUCUCGAUCGCCAUGACAACCAUCAGCACACUUGCAGCGUUUGGCAUGAUGCCGUUGUGGAUAUUUACGCUAGGUCGUACAAUUUUCGAGCGUGCGAAGCUCGGUAUACCGUAUAGCCGCAUCGCGUACACCGCCAUCGGUCUCGUGGUGCCCAUCAGUGCUGGGCUGGUGAUACAGCGCUGCUGUCCCCGCUUUGCCCGGCUACUGGUACGCAUUUUGAAGCCAAUGGCUGCUCUGCUGAUCCUGUUCAUUGUCAUCUUUGCGAUUGUCACGAACUUGUAUCUGUUUGAGCUGUUCUCCUGGCAAAUCAUCGUAGCCGGACUGGGGUUACCGUGGGUUGGGUAUUGUGUUGGCUUUCUGGCAAGCCAUCUGUUACGUCUACCGCUUGCCGAUUCGCUAGCGAUCUCGAUCGAAACGGGUAUCCAGAACACGGGCAUAGCCAUCUUUCUGUUGCGCUUUGCGCUCGAGCAACCGGCCGCCGAUCUAACGACGGUUAUUCCUGUAUCGACUGCCAUCAUGACACCGUUGCCGCUGCUACUGCUGCUCAUCGGUUUGCGGAUACACGAACGAAGCCCAUUUCGUUUCAUUGCAGAUCGAAGAGACGCGCUGAAGCUAGUUUAAUUCCCAAGAAUAAUAGCUCCGAACCGGUUACUCCACCGAGUGCCGAGUAGGAUCCCGACGAUCGGAAUCAUCUCAUCAGGCAUCCCCGGGGAGGAAAAGGACACGCAAACCAUACAUGCAUCAAUCAAAAAGCGUUACAUUCAUCAAAUAAACGUGGGUUGUUUCUUUA